AUGAGUACCGGGGGAGAUGCAAAGCUGUUCGCGAGGGGGAAAGUCGCGGAGCUGCGGCAAGAGCUCAGCAGCGGCGGCAAGAAGGACAAGAACUACUCGGCCAAAAAGAUCGCCCUGAAGAAGGUUGUCGCAAACAUGACUAUGAGCAACAAUGAUAUGGUUGCACUAUUCCCGGAUGUGAUCGGCUGUAUGAAUCUGCCAAGCUUGGAAAUCAAGAAGAUGUGCUUCUUGUUUCUGGUCAACUAUUCAAGGAUGAAGCCGGAUGUUGCGCUAAAGGCGCUGCCUAUCCUGGUUGAUGAUAUGGGAGAUACAAACCCGCUUGUGCGCGCCCUCGCAUUACGGACCAUUUCCUAUGUGCAUGUGCGCGAGUUUGUCGAAGCGACCUUCCAGCCUGUCAAACGCCUGAUGCAAGACAAUGACCCAUAUGUUCGCAAGACGGCUGCCUUUUGCGUUGCCAAACUCUAUGAACACGACAAGAAAAUGGUUGAGAACUCGGACUUGAUUGACCGACUGAAUCGAAUGCUGAAAGAUGAGAACCCGACUGUUGUUUCAAGUGUCCUGGCAUCGCUGGUGGAUAUCUGGGGUCGAAGUGAAUCGAUUUCUCUCACCAUAGACUACGUCAGCGCUUCGAAGCUGGUUUCAAUUCUGGCAGAUUGUUCUGAAUGGGGUCAAACCUAUAUCCUCGAAGCCUUGAUGUCUUACGUGCCCCAAGACACCGCCGAGGCGCUUCUGCUGGCAGAGCGAAUUGCCCCGCGGCUAUCUCAUUCGAAUUCGGCUGUCGUUCUCACUUCAUGUCGAGUCAUUCUCUAUCUCAUGAAUUAUAUCGCGGAUGAAAAGCACAUAACCUCUUUAUGCAAGAAGAUGUCACCGCCCCUUGUUACAUUGCUUUCGAAGCCGCCAGAGGUGCAAUAUCUGGCAUUGCGAAAUGCCAUUUUGAUUCUCCAAAAGAGACCAGAAGUCCUACGGAACGACAUUCGUGUGUUCUUCUGCAAUUACAACGACCCGAUCUACGUCAAGGUGACCAAGCUGGAGCUGAUGUUCAUGCUCACCACCAAAGAGAACAUCUCGGUGGUAUUAGCAGAACUUCGAGAAUACGCCACCGAAAUCGAUGUGCAUUUCGUGCGCAAAGCGGUUCGCGCCAUCGGCAAACUCGCAAUUAAGAUUGAGUCUGCGGCACGGCAAUGUAUCGACACACUUCUCGAACUGGUCGACGCAAAGAUCCCGUAUAUUGUCCAAGAGGCGACAGUAGUGAUCCGCAACAUCUUCCGCAAGUAUCCCAACCAGUACGAGGGUAUCAUCGGACACGUGAUCAGUAACAUCGACGAUCUCGACGAGGCUGAAGCCAAGGCGGCUAUUAUCUGGAUUAUUGGUCAAUAUGCGGACCGAAUUGAGAACUCAGAUGGUCUUUUGCAAGAUUAUCUGGCGACAUUCCACGACGAAACUAUCGAGGUGCAACUGGCGCUGCUCACUGCAACCGUCAAGCUGUUCAUCCAGCGGCCCACCAAGGGCCAGCAGCUCGUCCCAGAGGUGCUCAAGUGGUGUACUGAAGAGACGGACGACCCGGACCUGCGCGACCGCGGUUACAUGUACUGGCGACUGCUAUCAACCGACCCAGCCACGGCCAAGCAAGUCGUCAUGGGCCAGAAGCCACCUAUCACAGCCGAGAGCGAGAAACUGGACCCGCGCACCCUGGAAGAACUGUGUCUAAACGUCGGCACCCUGGCUACCGUCUACCUCAAACCCAUCCACCAAGUGUUCCGCGCCGCCCGGCCCCGACGCCUCCAGCCCAGCCCAGCUCUCCAGCGACCCCGCGUCGAAGACGGCACCGCCAGCAUGCUGGAAUACAACCCGCCCUCAGCCGGGCCAGCCCCUACAGCCGCCUCCACAAGCAACAGCGGCCUCGCCACCAUCACCACCACCGGCACCCCCAUUAGUCCUGUAAACGCUCCUCCCCCGCCUUCAUUCCCCGUCGGGCCCGGCGCCCCCGCCGAUCCCGCCGCUGCUGCAGGUGGUCAACCGGCUAUGAACAAUGCCAUCAACGCCGCCGACAACUACUUCAACAAUAUCGGCUCCCAGCAAAUGGCCGCCCUCGAUCUCGGCGGCCGCGGUGACGGUGGUGCUGGCGGUGGCGGCGCGUCCCAGACCCAGUAUGUUGUGACCCAGAACCAUGCGUACCAGCCGCAGUUUGCUGGCGGCGCUGCUACGGGCGAGUUGUUACUGCUAUAG